AGGUUGCGCCCGGUGAGUUUUAUAGCAACUGUUGCCCUGUGAGGCAGCGCCAUAGUCACCGUAGUCCUGGCGACUGUAACCCACCAACAACAACAACCUCUCGUUCCAUCAUUACCACCACACCAUCCUCAUCCUCAUCAACCAGUCCUCAGCCCAGGCGCUAUGCAGACCCCUGAGGCAGGCGCUGAAUCCGCCUCCACUGUCCACACCGCUGUGCCUGUGCAGCCUGCAGGCUCCGCCCAGCAGGUGUCCUCUCAGGCCCAGACUGUUCAACAGGUUCAGCAUGUAUACCCAGCACAACCGGUGCAGUACGUGGAGGAGAACAGUGGCGUCUAUACCAACGGGAACAUACGGACAUACUCGUACUCCGAGCCCCAGCUGUACAGCCAGAACAGUGGAGGGAGCUACUUUGACACGCAGGGCAGCUCAUCCCAGGUGUCCACGGUGGUGUCAUCCCAUGGCAUGGCCAACAACGGAGGGGGGAACGGGGGGCUGACCAUGGGUCUGGCUGGGGGGCAGAUCAUCAGCAGCUCUGGGGCCUACCUCAUCGGGGGCAACACCAUGGAUAACUCUGCCCCCCACCCAGCAGCCCAGACCACCCGAGCCUCCCCGGCCACUGUGAGUAUUGAAAUGGCGAUUGAGACGCUCCAAAAGACUGAAGGUUUAUCCAGUCAGAGAAGCUCACUACUCAACAGCCAUCUGCAGUGGCUCCUGGAUAACUAUGAGACAGCGGAGGGGGUGAGUCUGCCUCGCUCCACCCUCUACAACCACUACCUGCGCCACUGCCAGGAGCAGAAGUUGGACCCGGUCAACGCUGCUUCCUUUGGCAAACUCAUCCGCUCCAUCUUCAUGGGGCUCCGCACGCGUCGCCUGGGCACACGAGGGAACUCGAAGUACCACUACUAUGGGAUCCGGUUGAAGCCGGACUCUCCUCUCAACAGACUGCAGGAGGACAUGCAGUACAUGGCCCUCAGACAGCAGCCUGUCCAACAGAAACAGAGGUUUAAGCCGAUGCAGAAGGUUGAUGGUGUAUCUGGGGAGAACUUCUCAGGCGGAGGCCAGCACACCCCCAGUGCAGCGGAGCAGACUGUCAUCGCACAGAGCCAGCACCACCAGCAGUACCUGGACACAUCGCGGGCCCUGCCAGACUUUGUGGAGCUGGACCUGGGAGAGACCAACGUGGACAACGUCAGCCCAGACGACAUCAAAGCUCUCCAGUCACUCUACAGAGAGCACUGUGAGGCCAUUCUGGAUGUGGUGGUCAACCUCCAGUUCAGUCUAAUAGAGAAGCUGUGGCAGACUUUCUGGCGCUAUUCUCCUUCUGACUCAGUGGAGGGCACUACCAUCACAGAAAACAGUGGUGUGAGUGAGAUUGAGGGCCGUCUGCCCUGCUGCAGACUGCUGGUGCUCUGUAGGAACGAGGCUGUGCUCAAGUGGAUGAGUUCCUGUGACCACCUGAUGUACCAGGCCCUAGUGGAGAUCCUCAUCCCUGAUGUCCUCAGACCCAUCCCCAGUGCCUUGACUCAAGCCAUCCGCAACUUUGCCAAAAGCCUGGAAGGCUGGCUCAACAAUGCCAUGAACACCAUUCCACAGAGAAUGAUCCAGACCAAGGUUGCCGCUGUUAGUGCCUUUGCUCAGACGCUGCGUCGCUACACUAGUCUGAACCACCUGGCCCAGGCAGCACGCGCCGUGCUGCAGAACACCUCCCAGAUCAAUCAGAUGCUCAGUGACCUCAACCGCGUCGACUUCGCCAACGUGCAGGAGCAGGCGUCGUGGGUGUGUCAGUGUGAGGAGGGUGUGGUUCAGAGGUUAGAGCAGGACUUCAAGGCCACCCUGCAGCAGCAGAGCUCUCUGGAGCAGUGGGCUGCCUGGCUGGACAACGUGGUCACCCAGGUCCUACAGCCCUUCGAGGACAGGCCCAGCUUCCCCAGGGCGGCACGACAGUUCCUGCUCAAGUGGUCCUUCUACAGCUCCAUGGUGAUUCGGGACCUGACCCUGCGCAGCGCGGCCAGUUUUGGCUCGUUCCACCUGAUCCGCCUGCUCUACGACGAGUACAUGUUCUACCUGGUGGAACACCGCGUCGCCCAGGCAACCGGUCAGACACCUAUCAGUGUCAUGGGAGAAUUUGAUGACCUCAACGCCAUGUCACCUGCUAACAUAGACAAAGACGAGGUGAGUGAGAUGGACAGUGACCUGGAGGAGGACAUGGAGGAGUCCGGGGAGCCGCUGGCAAAGCGGGAGAAGGCUGAGGUGGAACAUGAGCAUCAGGUGAUCCAGGUGAUUCAGGUGGGGGCUCUGGAGGACCGCAGUAACCCCGUGGUGGGGGUGCUCCAGCCGGGCAUCCUGCACUCCCUGCCCCAGCCCCCCCAGAACCAUGCUGAGCACAUCCUCACCACCUCCGCCGCCACCACCACCAUCCGCCACUGCAGUGCCACCGGCAACACCUACGCCUCCGUCUGAGAGGGAGAUGACCCCCCCCAGGCAACCUCUCCUCUCUCUGUCUUUCGCUGUCACGCACGACUGUACUGUCCCCUCUGUCGUACGCUGUGUUUUCUCUGCACUCGUCUAGACACACUCCUCCCCCCUCCACCCUGACCAGUAAGGGAGUGUGAAAAACAUCACAACCACAGCUGGCGUCACACAAGCAGUGGAUGGAUGAGUAGAGCUAGACGGGAAUGUGGAUCUGCUGGGGAGAGUCAUGUGGACGGGCUGUCUCUGUCUGUCAUGUGGCUGUCCUCUGGGUCAGGGAGGGGGAUUGGGAGGUGGGGGGUUGUAUAGGCGUGAGACACUGGCUGACCCUACUGUAGCUGUGUAGAAGGGAAGGUGUCCUUACUUAGAGAUUCACAUAUUUCCUGAUGUUUAAAAGCUCAAAUCCAAGCCACCAGUCCCAGAAGAACAACGGCAUUGAUUGACAGAAAACACUUGGUUCUCUCUUAGAUUGGCUUGUUUAGUAUAUAUCUAAACAACCACACAGGUGCUAUUCUCUUACACUACCAGAUGUUCAGACAGAAUUCAGUUGAAUGACAUAGUAUUUUUUUAAAGUCAUGAGUCUUGCGAAGCAUUGUUGAGAUAUGACAUUUGGUGGAUUAUGAUUUGCUUAUUGCUUGUAAUGUGUUGUUUGGCAUCCUAUGAUUUAUUGAGUAGUGUAUAAUUGUAGCCAUGAUCCCCUGAUAAGCACUAAUGGCUUUUAUCCAUGAAGUUAGUUCUGCCCAUGAAGGAAGACAUUCUGUUAUUUAUGCUGUUUACUGUGUAGAGACAGAGAGACGAGGUUAAACAGACAAGCUGUAGUACACCACUUCUACAACACUGGCUUUUCUACACAUUUCAUGCAUAGUGUGGGGUGUGCUUGACUUAUGGCCUUGGUUUGGUUGGGUUUAGAUGCUCGAUAGUGUGACAAAAUUACAUUAGUUGGAUUUAUUAUCUACUGAUAUGUUCUCAGUACAGUAGGUGUGUUUUUUUUGUAGGUUUCUUGAGUUCUGAAUGGACCAAAAACCAACCAACCAGAGGAAACUGGCAGAGCGAAAGAGAGCCAUCAUGGCCGCCACAGUUACCACGGCGAGGGUGCUGCGUGUUCUGUUUCCUGUCCCAACAGUGCCGUGUUGCAGAGCAGAGUGAAUGUCAGGGAUUCUAUGUACCUCGGCUUCAUCGUAGUGCCUUAACCCUUACUGCAGCUGUCCAUGUAGUCCUGACUGAUUGUGUGGUUGAGGGAAAGGAUAGCACACACACACACACAGACACACACACACACACAGAGACACACACAGCUCCUCUGCGUUACUGUCCCAGCAACAACUUUGUGUCUCUGGUGACUUGUGGCUGGAUUUGGGCUGGCUCAUCAGUGUUACUGCAGGGCUGGAGAGAUGCAGGUUCAGAGGUGCUUGUUGAGUUCUCUGUGCUGGUUCUAUGAAAUGUUUUGUUUGUUUGUUUGUACCUGCUCUCACUCUUUCCACACUCGAGGCCUGCUCCUGCUUUGGCCUCUGCUAUUGGGUGAAGUGUGUGUGCAUGUGCAGAUGGGAGGACUUGAUUGAGAUGUUGAUUGUGUGUGUAUGAAUGAGUCUGAACAUGUUUGAGCACACCCACUAGUCACCCUACCUCACACCAGUGUUGCCAGCCCGUUGACACGUACAGCACAGUCACCAAACUUGUUCUGACAUACUAACCGUAUUACUCCUUCAACGCUGCACACUAACAUUAUUUAUACAUGCCUGUUACACCACACACACAACUAAAAUACAGUCAUUUCAGCCCCUUCAGUUCUUAGUCCACAACGUCAUCACCCCUUAUUAUCUCCCUUCUAAAGUGCAUAUUUGUAUAGUGGACCAAAAGUAGAUAUUUUCUGAUAUUUAAAGAUAUAUAUAUAUAUAUAUAUAUAUAUAUAAGGAUGA